GAAGCCAGCUCUUCGGGUCCCGCUCGCUUGCCGUUUCUUGCUGCUUUCUGUCGGCGGCGGAGAUGGGGGUGGCGGGGGAGAAGUUCCAGCUGGGGACGGUGGGGGCGCUGAGCCUCUCCGUCGUCUCCUCGGUCUCCAUUGUCAUCUGUAACAAGGCCCUCAUGAGCGCCCUCGGCUUCAUCUUCGCCACCACGUUGACAAGCUGGCAUCUUCUGGUCACGUUCUGUUCACUUCAUGUGGCAUUAUGUCUGAAAUUCUUUGAGCACAAGCCUUUCGAUGCAAGGACCGUUAUGGGGUUUGGCGUGCUCAACGGCAUCUCAAUUGGGCUCCUCAAUCUCAGUCUAGGUUUCAAUUCUGUUGGUUUCUAUCAGAUGACAAAGCUGGCCAUUAUUCCCUGCACUGUUAUCCUGGAGACGCUUUUCUUCAGGAAGAAGUUUAGUCGGUACAUCCAGCUCUCCCUAAGUGUGCUCCUUUUUGGUGUUGGAGUUGCAACUGUGACUGAUCUGCAACUCAAUGCUAUGGGGUCUGUGCUGUCUUUGUUGGCAAUUGUCACGACCUGCAUUGCUCAAAUUAUGACCAACACAAUUCAGAAGAAGUUCAAGGUAUCUUCAACCCAGCUGCUGUACCAAUCAUGCCCAUACCAAGCAUUGACCCUGUUCGUUGUUGGUCCAUUCCUCGAUGGAUUUCUGACUAACAAAAAUGUCUUUGCUUUUGACUACACGCCCCAAGUUCUGUUUUUCAUCGUGCUGUCAUGCCUGAUAUCAGUGUCGGUAAACUUCAGCACUUUCCUUGUGAUCGGGAAGACAUCUCCUGUAACUUACCAAGUCCUUGGUCAUCUUAAGACAUGCUUGGUUCUUGCCUUUGGCUAUGUCUUGCUUCAUGAUCCAUUUAGCUGGAGAAACAUCCUUGGAAUCCUGAUUGCAGUGAUUGGGAUGGGACUAUAUUCAUACUUCUGUACCCGCGAAACUAAACCCACUGAAGCCUCUCCGCAAGUCACUCAGGUGAAAGAAGGCGAAUCAGACCCUUUGAUCUCAGACUCCUUAAGCAGCGCCGAGAACGGGGCCGCUACAGCCGAUGAUGAGCCUCUGAAGGUACCCAUGUGGAGCUCCAAGUACGCACGGGCAUGAACGCCGCUCCGACGUUGGUUCAUGGUACUAUACAUAAUUAUUCAGCUUAGUAGGCAGAUAGUAGGGCUGGAAGGAAGCCAGCCAGCCCUGAGUGUAAUGAACGUUCCUUGUUCCAUUUUUGGGCCUUUUUUUCUUUCUUGCUUUUGUUUUGGCUUACCAUGUCCAUGGUGGUGUUGUUAAAAUGGAUCUCACUCCGAAUGACUCCAAAUGGCAGAUCUACCUUGAAGCUAAGACACACACAAUUGCUGGGCAGGAGACCUCUUGUACUAUUUUUCACAUGUUCAGCUUCAAAUUCGCCCUUGUAAACUUGUAACUUGGUAGCAAGACAUAAAUACCAACACGUAGUUUACAUUC